UUUCCCUGUUUAAUCGGUGCUUGACAUUGCUUCAUGCUUAUUUUCAGUGUUUUGUGGUGAUUUGUUUUAUUUUGAAAGAAUAAUUUUACUGUAUUGAACUAUUUUAUCCAAGUUUUCUUGAAUACGCAACGUAAUCACAUAAUUUAAGAUUGAAAUACUUUUCAUAUUAAUAUUAUAAACAAAAUAUUGAGGUUAUUUAAUUGCAGUUUAACAUCGACAACAUGGUCCAGGCUACAGAUGAAAUGGAACAACCAGACUUGCAUCAAGCUCUGAAAUUGCUUAAAGAAAUGAAUACAAAUGUUCAGCAAGUUUCACAACUAGUGGAUAAUAUGUUGAUGCGUGUUAAAAGUGGUGAAAUUUCUACAGAUAAAGGUUUAAGUUUUCUAGAAAUGAAAUAUCAAAUGCUUUUGAGUUAUUUGAUUAAUUUAACUUACAUAGUUUUAAGAAAAUGUUCUGGUGAAAAGAUUGAUUCCGACCCUUCGAUAGACAGGCUUGUUGAAAUUAGGACAGUACUAGAAAAAAUUCGUCCAAUAGAUUCUAAACUGAAAUAUCAGAUUGAUAAACUUGUUAAAACUGCAGUUGUUGGUACUGCAGAGGAUGACCCUCAAUCAUAUCAUGCCAAUCCUGGUAAUCUAGUAAGUAAGAUAGAUAAUAGUGAUGGAGAUAGCAGCAAUGAAUCAGAAACUGAUAAAAAAGAGAAGAGUGGCAAAUCAAAUAUAUACAUACCCCCUAAAUUGGCAGCUGUUCAUUUUGAUGAUAGUAUUUCAAGGAAUGAGAGUGAAAAGAAAAAUAAAGAACGAGCCAAAAAGCAGUUUCUUAAUUCUAGUGUCAUGAGGGAGCUCAGAGAAGAAUAUUCAGAGGCACCACUGGAGAUGAGCACAGGUAAUCAUGUGAAACAUUCUAUAUCAAAAUAUGAACAAGAGAAAACUGAAUAUGAAGAAAACUAUCUGACUCGCUUGCCAGUUACAAAAGCUGAGAAAAAUAGAAGGAAAAAAUUAACAACUGUUGGUGUGCUAGCUGAUGAAGUAACUGGAACUCGAAGCACUACUCGCAAACACAAGAUUAAGUCUAAAAAAGGUAAGGGGUUCAAAAGAAGGCGUACACAUUGAUUGCAUUUAAAUUGUAAUGCUCGAUUUCUACCUUCAUGUAUUUUAAAUUAAGUGUAGUCACAUGAAAAUACAUGUUUAGCAAGUGCCUCAUUGUAUAUUAAACAAUGAAAAAGUCUGCAUUAAGAAGAUGUUAUUGUAAAGCUUAUUUUUUGCCUAUCAAAACAGCCACUUUAAAUAAAAUUCUAUUAUCUAUAAAUAAACUCUAAAAUCAAAACUAGGACUUACUACAUACAUAAGAAUUAAUUUCAAUUUGAGAUAGAAAAUUUAUUUUUCUGCUAGGAGUUAUGUUUCUCCUUGUAUUAGGAUUAAUUUUGCUUCAAUUUAUAUAUUCUGAUAUUGUAAUAAUAAUAUGUUAGAAUAAAAUAAAAAAGUAACAAAAUGAAGUUCAGUAAUAUUGAAAAUUAUUGACUGUGGAUUGUAGUUUUAAGGUUGUAACUAUCAAUUUUCUACAGCCAUUCCUAAUUUUGAUAAAUUAUUAUUAUUUAAAUAAGAUACUGAAAAUAGCUUCACAUUUUAUAUAAGUAAACUGAAUAAAUAAUAUAAAUUAUGUUACAAAGAUGAUAGAUACUGUGAGGUGUAAUGAGUAAUUAUUGUAAUUAAGUAUAUAGGUAUGUAUUUACAUGUGAUGAAAUAGUUAUUUAUUUCUUUACAAUGAAACUUGAAAGGUAUAUUGUUAAUGCGUGAAUAUAAUAAAUCCAGACUCAUUUUGUGUCAUAUCAUUACAAAAAUGCUGUUAACAAUAAAGCUUGUAUUGUAAUUUGGGAAAAUUGGUGAAAAUUAUCACCUCCCUUAGCGAUUUGUAAAGCCAUAAUAUAAACAUUAUAAUGUAAAAUAAUAUGACAUGUUAUUAUGAAAGAAUAUAAACUUUUAGCAUACAGGGUACUCCAUUUGACUUUGCACAUGCACAGUAUAUUUGAGCUCCUAUUAAAAUUAAUUAAAUCAUAGAUAGGACUCAUUUGUUACAUACAAUACAAAAUAUUUCUCUAUUGUUUAAGUUAAACAUUUUAACAAAGAACACCUAAUAAUAUUAUUACAUAAGUAAACAAUGAAUCACCUUUUAUGGAACUUAUUUGCUGUUAACUAGUAAAAACGUCCAGGGAGGUGCUACAUUAAUAACUUCAUGCCAUACCAUAUACCUAGUUGUAUAUAUUUUUUUUUUAUAGAUACCUAUAUAUAUGUAUUUCUUUUAACUACUGGCAGACAUUAUUAGCUACUGUACACAAAGUGUGUCUUCAUAAAAUACUCAAUUUAAUUCUUAACAUUAGUUUGCUAAUCAUGUUUUUGUAUCUUAAUCCUUAUAAUCUUCAAGCCUCAAUAGCUAUUUGGUUUGUGAUGGAGAUUGAAAUCGCAAGAUUGUAUGUAGGUUUAAAUCUCAUCUGUUGGACUAUAUUUUUGUAUAUAUUCCUAGCACAAGCUUAAUGUUUAGCUGGAGGGGAACGGAGAGUGGAUACUAUUAGCUAUGUUUGACAAGACAUAAAAUCACCAAAAUAUAAUCAUGUAAACAUCUGUUCAAAGAAUAACUGUG